AUGGAGUCGAGCGUUAUUGAAAAAAAUGUUGAAGAUGUUGCCAGUGCAACAACAAAUAUUCAUUCGGAUAAUUAUGAGAAUACAUUAGUUAAUAUGGAAGAUGAUGAUAUUUUAAAUUAUCUUGCAAUGAUCGAUAAUGUCGAUACAGAGAUUCAACGACAAAAACAAGAACAACAAAAUCUAAUUAAUAGUAUUGCUGCUGAAGAAUGCAUGUACAAUCAGUUAAAAGAAAAGAAACAAACUGAUGAUGAAAUGCUGAAAAAUAAAAGAAAAUACAUAGAUAAAUUGGUUAUCAACGAGAGUCAAAUAGAUGUAUCCAUCGAAUUGUUGCAAGACGAUCGAAAAAAACUUGAAGAAAAAAUCUCGUGUAAUAAAGAAAAUAAUGUUGAAAACAUGUCGUGCAAUCAAGAAAAUGAUAUUCAACAUUUAAGUUUAGAAUUAUUUAAACAUAAAUAA